GACGAAAAUCCUAGAAACGUGGGCUCCCUUGAUAAGAGUGCAAAGAACGUUGGCACUGGAUUAGUGGGUGCCCCUGCCUGUGGAGAUGUGAUGAAAUUACAGGUUGAAGUAGAUAAAAAUGGAAAAAUUGUUGAUGCAAGAUUCAAAACAUUUGGCUGUGGAUCAGCAAUUGCCUCAAGCUCAUUGGCCACAGAAUGGAUUAAAGGAAAAACGGUUGACGAAGCCUUGAAGAUCAGAAAUACUGAUAUUGCUAGAGAACUCUGUCUUCCUCCAGUUAAACUCCACUGUUCUAUGCUUGCUGAAGAUGCAAUCAAGGCUGCUCUGGCAGAUUACAAGUUGAAACAAGAUCCUAAGAAAGAGUUGGAGAAGAAAGCAGCCAAUACUUAAAACUAAUGUUUGAGACUGUAGAGCUUGCUCUCAUUCCACUUAAAUCUACAGUGCAAUUACUUUAGAUGUUAGACAUGAGAACCAGUGCAGUACUAAAAAAAGCUGUAUAAUACGCACAUAAGAUACGCACAAUGUUUCACUGUUUCAUGUGUAUUAAACCACUGAUGUGGUGCUCAAAUUACUGGAAUGUUUGAGCUUAUUUCAGCACAGACUACUGGUCUAUUCUGACUUCAUAUUAUGUGUACGGAUAUGGGUGGCAGUUAGUUCUGGAGUGACAGUUGAGUUUUCAGCAAAGAAAAUCCUGGUGUUUCAAAUGUUAGAAGGUCUGAAAUCCAUCGACUAGCUGUACAGUUUUGUAUAGUAAAAGGUAAUAUUGGAAAGUGUUCUGCCUUAGUCUGAAUGUCUUAUCCAUGAAAUUGCAGAUCAGUUUUAUUGCAUAUGCUGUACAUAAUUUAUUAAACAAUCUAUGGCAA